GUGACUGAAACAGAUAUGGAAUCUGACAGUUCGAACCUUUUCUCUCUCUUUUUCCGGCAUCGUGUAUGCUAGUAGACACAUUUCAUCCGAGCUAGACUACAAUGGCCGAUACAGCAAAGAAGCCAGCCGUCAAGAAGGUCGGUAAGGCCGCCAAGGCGGCCGCCGUUGCCGCUCCUGCCCCAGCUGGCCCCAAGGGUGUGAAAAAGUCGCAAACCAAGGCAGCCAUUCUGGCCCGUACCCACAAGCCCAAGGGACAACGCACCGCCAAGGCUGCUCUGCCCUACCAAAAGAAGAGCUACGGCCGUCUAUGGGCCAAGUCCGUCUUCACCGGAUAUAAGCGUGGCCUGCGUAACCAGCACGAGAACCAUGCUAUCCUGAAGGUUGAGGGAUGCCGUAACCGUAAGAAUGCCCUGUUCUACAUCGGCAAACGGUGCGUGUAUGUGUACCGUGGCAAGGCGAAGCUCAACGCACCAGGAGCCGCCGAGAAGAAGUCCAACAUCCGCGCUAUCUGGGGAAAGAUCACCCGCUCGCACGGUAACAGCGGUAGCGUGAGGGCUCGCUUCACGACCAACCUGCCCGGACACGCCAUGGGACAUCGCAUCCGUAUCAUGCUGUACCCAUCCAGAGUUUAAGCUUAAGUCGAACUUACUGUGUAAAUUUGCAACAAAAAAUACAAGAAGUGAGGGGAUAAUCCUAACGAAAAUCUA